UCACGUAGUCAGUGUCAACUCGACGACAGUUCGCACUUCAGCCCACGCGAUGUGGCCAUCUAAUGUCAUCUGCAAAGUGCUCACUUUCCUCUUCUGCUUCGCGGUGCAUGCAAGAAGCACGCCGGAAAAGUCCCCUAUGUGGAACGAGACAUGGACCGAUCGGUUGAAACAAGAUUUGUUCGUGAAAUAUGACAAGUUCUCGCGACCGAUGCAACACUAUAACACCACAGUGGUUAGCUUCGACAUCGCGAUCCUUUAUGUCGAUGUGGACGAAUUCAAGUCUUCGGUCACCAUCAACGGUUGGGCUUCCCAUGCGUGGAUGGACGAGAAACUUAAAUGGGAUCCCUUCAAGUACGGUAACCUCCAACAUAUUCACGUAGGCAAUCACGAGGUGUGGCAACCAGACAUCAUGUUAUAUCAUAGCGGCACCGCGAGCACCAUUGAACAUUACGGCGACACGGGGUGCAUCAUUUACCAUGAUGGUCGAGUGCUGUGGGUGCCGCCCGCGCAAUACGUCGGCCUCUGCGAGCUGGAUCUUCACCUAUGGCCUUUCGACACGCAGAUCUGCACAAUGACAUUCGGCUCUUGGACGUAUCACGGCGAGCAGAUCGAUAUGCGUCUGAGCGAGUCAAAGAUGACCGAAGAGGAGGAACUGCUCGUGAAGAAUGCGGAGUGGAAACUCAUGGAUUUAACAAAGACGCGCAAAGUAGUUAGCUACGCUUGCUGCCCGGAUCCGUAUAUUAAUUUGAAUUUUAAAAUGACUUUAAAGAGGAAUUCCACGCUCUAUUGCAGUAUACUGCUAAUGCCCGCCGCUGCCAUAGUAUUCCUGGUUUUGGUCACGUUCUGGCUACCGCCUCAGAGCGAAAUGAAAAUCAACAUCGCGGCUUCUACUAUAUUAAUCAUCAGCGUGUUUUUAACCUAUUUCGGUUUCAAAGUGCCAUUAACGGCAAAUCCUCCACUAAUAGUUUACUUUUUUAGCGGCUGCCUCUGUUUAGAGACAAUUUCGUUGAUACUAGCGACAGUAGUGAUCAACAUCACGAAAAGGACUUUCUGCAAACCGCUCCCACGAAAUAUUAGACUGUGUCUGUUGAGUUGGCCCGGCAAACUGUUGGGUCUUUCCGAUCUUAUAAGUGUGAUCGAAUCGCGACGGCCUAUACCAAGUCAAGAAUUGCGUGGCAAACUCACAGAGGAAUCCACGACCAACUCAACAUCCAACAUCUCGGAUGACGGUGAUCGGCAGAACAUGAUCUCGCCGACGAAGAAUAUCACUCAACUGGAAUGGAUUCUAGCAGGCACGGCUGUCGAUCGUAUUGCUUUCGUGCUGUUUUGCUUAAUCUUAGCCACAUUGGCAAUAGUGUGCAUUAGUUAAUUUGUUAGAUUAAGUUUUUUCUUCUCUCUCGCUCUUUCUAUCUCUAUCUUUCUUUACUUUUUUUUAUCACUUCAAUAUAAUAAUAAUCUAACAUAUACAUACACGACAUACGUAAAUAAAUCGCAACUUAUUGUCUGAUACCGUUUUAUUCUCGUAUAAAUAAAUAACUUGUACAAUAUAUAAAUGCAAA